ACUUUUUAGUAAAAUGUCCUCCAUUUAUGUUGAUUUCUUUGGGCUGGAUGAUUAUGAAAAACUUGAGUUGUGCUUCAGGAAGAGAAUCUUUUUUGUAGCCGAUUUUAUUUGCCAAGCUUGUAAGAGAAGGCAGAAUAUUUUCGAGCUGUAUAAUAAUCUGUAGUUUUGUAAUGAAAUGAAGUGUCUGACCACAGCAACUGUGGACACUCUUUUGGUUGUAUACCAACAAGGGUUAGGCACUGUGUGCAUGACACCGAAAUAAAAGAAAACUAAUCAAUCAAUAGUGAAAUAUAUGGCUGACAAUAACUCACUGGUUGAUGGUCAAGCCUUAAUGCGGAAGAUCAAUGACCAGGUCAUUUUAGUUCAGGUUUUGGUGACAUUGUUCCUUUGUAUCAACUUUCUGCUGAUCACAACCUUUUUUAUGAAGCAUUUCUUCUACACAACAAUGCGCUACAUCUUAUUUGCUAAUACAUUACUGUCUGAUUGUCUGAUUUUAAUUUUAACAAAUACCAUGCUGAUCAUGAGCUAUUUUCGUUUUACCAUACAGACAUGGUUAUGUCUCAUCGUGUUUAUUGUGUCAUCUCUGUACAAUUUUGUCACACCAGUUACUCUGACAACAAUGACCCUGGAGCGCUUUGUGGCCAUUUGCAUGCCCCUGCGGCAUGCAGAGCUGUGUUCCACACGCAGAGCCCUGCACUGCAUCCUCAUCAUUCACGGCCUCAGCUCUAUACCCUGCAUUGUUUUUCUCUCCGUCUUCUUUGCAUCUGCUACUCACAGCUUAUACACCCAGAACAGAAUAUGCUCUGUGGAGAUGUUCACAAUUCACAGGUGGCAAGGUCAUCUUAGGUCAGCUAUAAGUCAGUUUUACUUCCUGAUCAUGUUUAUAACCAUUGUGAUCUCCUAUAUUAAAAUAAUGAAAGUGGCCAAAGCUGCAUCAGGAGAGAAUAAAAAGUCAACAUGGAAAGGACUCAGGACAGUGGCUCUUCAUGCUUUCCAGCUGCUCCUCUGUCUCAUCCAGCUGUGGUGCCCUGUCAUAGAAGCUGCUGUACUUCAGAUUGAUUUAAUGUUGUACAUUGAUGUCAGAUACUUUAACUACAUUACUUUUUAUCUUGCUCCAAGAUGUCUGAGUCCUCUCAUUUAUGGCCUCAGAGAUGAUAAGUUUUUUCUUGCACUGAAAUAUUAUGCUCUCUGUGGCUUGUACAAGAACAAAUCUUUAGCUUUUUUCACUUGAUAAAUUAAAAUCACCAUUCUGUAACAGAAAAUACUGUUUAUGUAGUAUGCAGUUUAUUGCAUUGGAUAAUGAAUUCAUCUUAUUCAUUCAAUUUCUCAGUAUGUG